AACCAUCGAAGAAGAAGCAAGGAAAUUUCAAAGAGGGAAAGAAAUCAAAGAAUAAUGAAAUUAUAAUAAUUAUAAUAAUCUUUUGCUUCCUUUUUGAGCGUAAAGUUUGAAGGUUUUGUCUCCAAAAAUAGUGAGUUUUAACAAUAAUUCCUAAAUUAAAAGCUCUUUCCUUUGUUUGAAGUUUCUUUGCUCUUUGCUCUCUUUCUCUGUCCGUCUUUCGAAGCUUAUGCAUCCUCUGAAUGCUUUCCGCUUAAUAAUCCCAGCCCUUUUCCCUGCGGAUCAAAUCUAGGGUUAAGGUUCCCCAAUAUUUCACUCCACAAUCAGAAACCAAACCGGAGAAACCAACCCUCUUUCUUUCUAUUUUUAUACUUUUUUUUUUUUCAAGUAAACGAUGAAACGAGCAAAACUUGACUCGCUAGUGUUACCGAGUCGACUCAGGCUAGUUCAGUUCUUGAUGGGGGUUUUGUUUCUCUACCUUCUCUUCAUGAGCUUCGAAAUCCCGCUCGUUUUCAAAACUGGCUACGGUUCCGGUUCUGGAGGGUUCUUCACCGACACGUUGCCGAGACCUUUGUUUCUCGAGAGCGAAGAGGACUUCGCUGACAAAUCCGCACCCGCUCGGCCCGCAAACGACCCAGACCCUGUUCGCCAGCCCGGAAGUCGGACACCGGAGCGGAAAAUGCGGGAGUUUAAGAAAGUUUCAGGUCUCCUGUUCAACGAAAGCUCUUUCGACAAUAACGAUUCUAAAGACGAGUUCUCGGUGCUCCAUAAAACCGCCCGACACGCCUUCGUUGUCGGCAAGAAACUCUGGGACGACCUCCAAUCGGGUCAAACAAAUCCGAUUCAGAACCCGGACAACAAAAUCAAAGCAGAAAGAACCGAAUCAUGCCUGCAUUCGAUUUCCUUAUCCGGGUCGGAGUUCAUGAGCCGGGGCCGGAUCUUAGUCCUUCCCUGCGGGUUAACGUUGGGGUCCCACAUUACGGUGGUCGGGUUGCCGCAUUGGUCGCAUGCAGAGUAUGAUCCCAAAAUAGCGGUGUUAAAAGAAGGGGAUGAGUCGGUGAUGGUGUCGCAGUUAUGAUGGAAUUGCAAGGUGAAGACGGUGGACGGCGAGGAUCGCCGCCGGAUUCUUCAUUUCUAUCCGAGGUUGAAAGGGGAUUGGAGUGGGAAGCCGUGGAUCGAGCAGAAUACUUGUUAUCGAAUGCAAUGGGCGGCGUUGAGGUGUGAAGGGUGGAAGUCUAGUGAUGAGGAAACAGUUGAUGGACAAGUUAAAUGUGAGAAAUGGAUUCGAGAUGAUGACAAUGGCUUGGAAGAAUCGAAGGCUACAUGGUGGUUGAACAGAUUGAUAGGAAGAAAGAAGAAGGUGGCGCUAGAUUGGCCAUACCCUUUUGUAGAGGGAAAGUUAUUUGUUCUCACGUUGAGUGCUGGUUUGGAGGGUUACCAUGUCAAUGUCGAUGGGCGUCAUGUUACCUCAUUUCCUUAUCGAACUGGAUUUGUGCUUGAGGAUGCUACCGGGCUAUCUCUAAAUGGUGACCUUGAUGUGCACUCUGUGUUUGCUGCUUCCUUGCCCACUUCACAUCCAAGUUUUGCUCCGCAAAAACAUCUUGAGAGGUUGAGUAAAUGGAAGUCACCACCACUUCCUGAUGGAAAUGUAGAGCUUUUUAUAGGUAUCCUUUCUGCUGGGAAUCAUUUUGCUGAGAGGAUGGCUGUGAGAAAGUCCUGGAUGCAGCAUAAGUUAAUAAGGUCUUCAAAUGUAGUUGCUCGGUUUUUUGUAGCACUGAAUGGAAGAAAGGAAGUAAAUGUGGAGCUGAAGAAGGAAGCGGAGUAUUUUGGUGAUAUUGUUAUAGUUCCUUACAUGGAUAACUAUGACCUAGUUGUACUAAAGACAGUUGCCAUCUGUGAAUAUGGGGACCGUACAGUGGCUGCAAAAUAUAUUAUGAAGUGUGAUGAUGAUACAUUUGUUCGGCUGGAUGCUGUGAUUAAGGAAGCAAAGAAAGUUGGAGAUAAAAGCCUGUAUAUUGGAAAUAUGAAUUACUACCACAAGCCCCUACGUAAUGGUAAAUGGGCAGUAACAUAUGAGGAAUGGCCUGAAGAGGACUACCCACCCUACGCAAAUGGUCCGGGGUACAUAGUGUCAUCUGAUAUUGCACAUUUUAUCGUAGCUGAGUUUGAGAAACACAAGUUGCGACUAUUCAAGAUGGAAGAUGUGAGCAUGGGAAUGUGGGUGGAAAAAUUCAACAGUUCAAAACCAGUGGAGUACCAGCACAGCUUGAAAUUUUGCCAGUUCGGAUGCAUUGAGGAUUAUUACACUGCUCAUUACCAAUCCCCAAGACAGAUGUUAUGCAUGUGGGAUAAAUUACUAAAUCAAGGAAAGCCCCAAUGCUGCAACAUGAGAUGACACCAUUAUACCAAGGAAACGAUAGACAUAGUUUUCACUUUAAAUAUGGUAAAUUUGAGAAAGGAAAACAGAGAAACAAAUUUUUGCAGUCAACGGUAAAUCUCUGUAUAUUUUGGGGUUUAACUUAGAUGUAGUGGGGCCUUUCCUCCUCCCCUCGUAAUUUAAUUCAUUUACCUUGGCCAUUUUGUCUACAUUCCUCCAAUGUCUGGGGCCUCAGCAGACUGGAGGAAUCAAUACGAGGAGUAUAUGUAAACCACACCUGCGUUGUAAUCUAGAUUGAGGAAUAGGGAGUAAAGAUACGAAAAUUUACGGAUA